CCUCAUGUGAAAUUUGGCGUGAGAACGUCGAAAUUCCGUCGGUGAUCGGCCGGUAGGCUGCCUUGCCUACUUAAGCCAAUGUUGAUGUAGCCAAGACCUCGUGAUUUUUCAGUAAGCGAAGAGUUCCACAUGGGUGCUGGAGUCGCUGUUGGAUUCAAAGAAUACUUUGGCCGUGUGGAUGAGCUGCUGGCCCAGGGAAGAAGAGUCGGUGAGGUUGCAUACCUGAAACACAAGGAGACCUACAUAUUUUACCUCAUUACGAAGAAAAAUUACUGGGAGAGAGUUGUUUCAUUGAGUUCUGUUUUAAGUUGCCCUUUCCAUCUGAGGGAAUUGAGCUUGUCGCUGGGUGUGACAGAACUUUCAAUGCCUCAAAUAGGCUGUGGGUUGGACUUACUUAAAUUUGAAGACGUUCUGCCCAGAAUCCUUGCUGCAUUCCAAGAUUGCCCGGUGAGAGUGAAUGUGAUUUCUCCUUCUCCUCAAGUUCGUGGCAUGGCAGUGGCUGGUGAUAGUCAAGGACUGCGCUUCUUGUUGGCAAGAGCCAAGCUUCCACGGGGCAUAUCAAGGAUCCCAUACCCCAGGACGGCUGGGCUAUGCGGCUCUGGUAGACCAUCACUCGACUACUUCAGCUUCUGAAUGA